GCAUAUUAAUUUAUUUUAUUAUAUUAUAUUAUCACCAAAAUGAGGUGAAUGUCAAGUUUGUUCUCAAUCUCAUCUCACACCCACCAACUCCCUCUUUUUCUAUUUUAUUUAUAUUAAUUAAUAUAUUAUUUGUAUUUAUGUCCAAAAUCAACAGAUAAGCGAGUGUCUCUCUCUGGCUCGUGCAUUUCAUUUCAUAGAAACAAAUAUAUACAUAACAAAAACAGAGGCUUCCUUCUCAUUCUCAUUCUGCUCAUGCUCAUUUGAUUUGCUUCAUUUCCACACAAAACCAAUCUAAUUGUGUCAAUACUUUGCAUAGAAAAUGAGAGGGGGAUUGUGGCAACUUGGACAAUCAAUCACUCGCCGGCUCGCCAAUGGAGAUAAGAAGGCGGUUGCUCGACGAUGCUUCGCCACAGAAGCUGACCUGAAAAAGACAGUUCUUUAUGACUUCCAUGUUGCUAAUGGUGGUAAGAUGGUUCCAUUUGCUGGUUGGAGCAUGCCUAUCCAGUACAAGGACUCAAUCAUGGACUCAACCUUAAACUGUAGACAGAACGGUAGCCUUUUCGAUGUUUCACAUAUGUGUGGACUAAGUCUCAAGGGGAAGGAUGCUGUUACAUUCCUUGAGAAGCUAGUCAUUGCUGAUGUUGCUGCUCUUGCUCCCGGAACUGGGACGUUGACUGUUUUCACAAAUGAAAAGGGUGGAGCUAUUGAUGAUUCUGUGAUUACUAAGGUGACAGAUGAUCACAUAUACUUGGUUGUGAAUGCUGGAUGUAGAGAUAAAGAUUUGGCUCAUAUUGAGGAGCAUAUGAAGGCAUUCAAGGCCAAAGGUGGUGAUGUGUCCUGGCAUAUCCAUGAUGAGAGAUCUCUAAUUGCUCUUCAGGGUCCUCUUGCUGCCCCUGUUCUUCAACAUCUGACAAAAGAUGAUUUGAGCAAGCUAUACUUUGGGGAGUUCCGUGUGUUGGAUAUCAAUGGCUCGCAGUGCUUUCUCACACGCACAGGGUACACUGGGGAAGAUGGAUUUGAGAUCUCAGUUCCUUCAGAGAAUGGAGUAGAUCUUGCCAAGGCAUUACUGGAAAAAUCUGAAGGGAAAAUAAGAUUGACAGGACUAGGUGCUAGAGAUAGUCUUCGCCUCGAAGCUGGAUUGUGCUUAUACGGCAAUGACCUGGAACAGCAUAUUACACCUAUUGAGGCAGGACUGACAUGGGCUAUAGGAAAGCGGAGAAGAGCAGAAGGCGGUUUUCUUGGAGCUGAUGUUAUCCUGAAACAGCUCGGAGAUGGUCCUUUGAUCAGGCGUGUCGGUUUCAUUUCUUCGGGUCCACCUCCUAGAAGUCACAGUGAGAUUCAAGAUGAAGGAGGCAACAACAUUGGUGAAGUCACAAGUGGUGGAUUCAGUCCUUGUCUCAAGAAGAACAUAGCUAUGGGAUAUGUCAAAUCUGGUUUGCACAAGGCAGGUACCAAAGUUAAGAUCAUUAUAAGAGGAAAACCCAAUGAAGGAGUUGUCACAAAAAUGCCAUUUGUACCUACAAAAUACUAUAAGCCUUCAUAAUUCCCUUUCCAUUUCACCUCAUGACAUUUCCUUAUCACUUCCCUCUGUUCACUAAUUUUCCCACAAUCCAGAGUGUUACAUAAAUGUUAAUGUCAUUAUGGUUCUCUCGUCCAGUACAAGGCUUCUUCAUCUUGCUUAAUAACUCAAUUUCAUUUUGAACAUGUAUUGUUUGAAUUUGAUGUUAUCUUGAAAAUUUUCAAUAUUUUUCUUUGUUGGUAUUGCGCUAAAGUAAGUAGAACGAUCCAUUGUACUUCAUGAAACACAACUGCGAUGAGUCUCAUGUGCUAGUUUCUUCAAAAAAAUUAUCAACUGCUUGUUCUGCAUCAAA